CGAGGGUACCGCCAUCUCAGUACUGAACGGACGACUGCACGUUCGCGACCACGGUGGUACCGGCGAAAGAUUGCCGGCGGACGACUGGAAAAAAUCACGAGAUUUUCAGCGGAAUUUUAUGUUGUACUCGUGCUGGCUUUGUUCGAGAGUUAUUGAGUUGUUCGGUUCGAGGAAGUUGAGGUUCACGCUCGGCUACAAGCUGUGUUUUGCAGUUAUACUUGGAUUACACAUUGUUUCUGAUUGGAUUUUUCGUUCACGAUGGGGGAAACCAAUCCAAAGUUAAGUGCGAGGCAACAACAUGGCUGCAGUAGACCAGGCUUCCACUACACCAUCCUACACCACCUCUACUGAAUACAAAACUCAGGAGAAAACCAUCUUUUCUUUGCUUUCCAACUUAAAGCAAGCCCAGUCCAAACUUCAACAGGAUAGUGAUCAACUUGACAGUGAGGAUUUAGUGAUUUUACGACGUAACCCAAAUACCAACCAGAACUCAAUAAAUAAGAGCGCUUAUUUGAAACUUCACAAAAAUACAAAUACAUCUUCGAACCGUGACAGUUCAGUGGAGAGAAUUAAAGAAAAUUUCGAACCAAACAAACCAAAACCUGUUCCAAAAGUUCGAAGAUCUAAGGUCACGAAAAGUCAAGUGAUAUUGCCUAAUAAGCAAGAGCAGAAACCGGCGAGGUAUAGUUUAAACAUAGACAAGAGUCGUAAAGAUGUCAACUCGAACCAUCUGACAGAUAGAAAAGAGGAUCUUUCUAGUGAAGAGGAAUAUGUGACUAUAGUUAGACGUUCCGAUUCUGAAGAGAGUAUUGCGAAAAUCAGGGAAGAACUGUCGGCCUUUACUCUGGACCCGAAUAUGGAGAAGAAAAAGAAGAACAAUUUCCGCAGAAUUUUCUCGGUCUUUAGCAAUAAAGACAGGAAGAAAAAAAGCGAGGAGAAGAACAAGUCUCAAAACAAAGACAAUGCCGGAAUGUACAGUGAAAACUUUCAAAACGAGAGUCAUACAUUUACCCGGCAGUCACCGUAUAGACACACAACCGGUGGUGAUAGCUAUUCAACCAAACAAAACCCUUCGACAGUGAAACUUCAAAGAAGCGACAGUGAUGCUAAAGUUCCUAAUCCAUACGUCGAGCAACAACUCGAACGAGAAUACGCCCAAAAACACAUAGACCAAUUCAACAAGUUUAAAGAAAGUUUUGAGAAUGUUUCUAGUCAUGUUUCAAACUCCGCAAAUAAGGAAAGGUAUACUACCAUGGACAAACCCAUAAUCAAAAACCAUCAACCUAACAAUAGUUAUAUGCAUAUGCCAGAUAUUCGAAAAUAUAUCGAUACCAGUUCUUCAGCUAGCACUUCUGAGUCGGAUAGAUCAAAUCCUUAUCAGAGCGAAUCUUUUAAACCUAACCAGCAAAGACAACAAACAAAUACAAACAACAUCGAAGAACGAAACCACGCCAACUCGCUGACCAGAAUUAACGAUAGCAGAAGAGACACACCUCCUAGAUUACUAGAAACCAAACAAGACGUACGGUUGGUAAACCCGAAAGCUUUAAUUCCUAUAAAUUCGGAAAGAGCUCUUCCAAAUCCGUACCAAAAUGUCCAUCCCAGGUCUCCUGGAGAAUCUCCACAGCAAAGUUUGACUAGAAUGUCUCAAACAGACAGCAGUCCGUAUCAAACAAUGAACUCCCCAAGGAAUUUAGCACCGAACAGACCGAAUUUUAAUGAAACUUAUGGUACUGUUUUUGAUAGUCUCGAAAAUUCUUCACAACGAUCAUCAAGCCGGGCUAGUUUUUCACCUAAAGACCAACAAAAAGUACCUCGAUCACCUUCUUUGGAACCCUCGAAGUUAAAACUACCACCUAACAGAGAAAUAGUACCUUUAUCACCGAGGGUAAGGUCUCCUAUUCCAUCUGAAUACGUCAGUACUGAGAAACUAAUUGCUACAGAACUGCUAAAAACAAGAAGGUCGCCGGUACCAGUUCAAAAGAUAUCAAAGAAUGUUAGUCCAACUCAUCGACGGCUUGAUCUUGACCUUGAUUAUCCUGAUAAUAUUGAUAAUAUUAGCAAGGAUAGUCUGAUUGUUAGUACUGACAAUUUAAGUGCCAAACCUCCACCGGGAUCCAGACAGCAACAUCUUAAAUUGCCUAUGGAAAAUGGAAGAAUGGGCAGUGAGAACUACAGGUUGAGUCAAGCAUCACCCAGUACAAUAGAAAACUUGUAUCGGGUAAGCCAAGCAUCGCCUGUGGGCAGCGCAGACAAAAUUAUCACAAACGCACAAGUCCAUAUAAAUUCUCCAGUAAAUCGGACACCUACGCCUAAUAAUUCAAUGCAUAAUCUUUCGCUGUCACCGGUAAGGUCCACUAACGGUUCCAUUCGACCUUCUACACCCUUGGGAAUGAAAAGAAACGAGUCUCCUAAAACACCUCAAAAGGAGGAUAUGAGGAAAAGCGUAGAGGCGUACUACUGGAAAGAAAUUAAGAAAAUGAAAGAUCAGGAAAAUUACGAUCUUUAUAUGCUCCAGAUGCAGUACGGAAACAUGUACCCUUAUGGUUAUGCUGAGGAACCAGCAAGUGUUAGAAGAUCAAGAAGCUUAUCUCCUUCUGCAAACAGAAACGGAAGAAGAAGUUUAAGCUUACCUCGUGACGUGAAGGGCCCAAUGAAUCCCGGCCCUGGAGGAAGACUCUAUGCCAAUGCAAUUCCGGAAAAUCGGGCAGUGACUCACCAAAUGCACCCAAGAAGCAUACAGCAGUUACAGUUUCAACAACAGCAAGAACAACAAAAGUAUUUUACCAGAAAUACUCCCGAACGUAGAACGGUAGAUGGUACUAAUUUCAGAAAAACAGAAAGCAACACUGAUAGUCUGUACAAGCCAAUUUUCAAGAGGGGGAGUUUAAACGUACCGGUCCAACAAACAAUGGAUGACACGUUAAAAAGGAAGGUUAGUUUUUCUGGUUCGACCGAUCAAAACGUGCAGUCCUGGCCCACCAAAAAUGGGUUCACAAAAAGUCCUCCUCAAAGGAGAAUUGACCGUAACCAAAGUCAAGGAAGUGAUGACGUGUUUAUGCCGAACAUUCCGAACGAUAAUCGAUACCAGUAUCAAACAAAUCAACGAAACGAACCUAUAAAAGAAGCACUUUACUAUAACUCUAAGAGGGACCUCCCAGGUCCUAACGGAGAACCUUUUUACAUAAGCAAAAGCAACCAAAAUCCUUUAUACAUGCCUCAGAGACAGAUAGCUGAGGGACCUUAUAGCCAAGAACAACUUUACGUUAGCAAGAACAAUCAAAAUCCUUUAUACAGUCAAAGAAUACCACAGCAGGAAGAAGUCCUCUAUGGACAACCUAGAGAUGCCAUACCAUCCCAAGCUCCAGCACCUAGAUUAGUUAGGCAUGGUUCCAUACAGAUGGGUGAGGAAAUGUACAGGAACAGAAUGGGACCUAGAAGAACAUCGUAUCAGAAUAACAACAUGAUACGACCUGGCGUGUCAUCUACUCCGAAUCCAAGCCAGGAAGUCCAGUAUCUUAACAGAGCUCAGCAACCGACGCAAUUACGCAGAGAAAUUAUUCUGAACGACGAAAUUUUCGGACAGUUUGGAGGUUAUGUCUCCAGUCCCGAUUCACGAACUUCCCAGCCUCAAAGUGUUUAUUCUUCGCGACAGAGUAUCGCAGAAUAUACGCCUGGGAGGCCUGUACAAAGACAGGUAUCGGUAAAUAAUAAAGUUUGUGAUAUCUACGGUCAAAUCCACGACGUGGAUAACCCUCGACUUCAAACUGGAGUGAUAAUGGGUCAACUUCAGCCAAAUCCAGGUAGUCCAAUGGCAGCGAGAAGUUCCUACUCGCAACUACCAACCAGACAACCGUUUGUGCGUAACAGUAGACUGACCGCCAGUGCUAACGACAUGCAUCAUCGAAGUCCGAAUAUUGUUCAUUCAUAUCCUCCGGAUGGGAUAUACGGUAGAAUUGAGUCUUCCCAGUUGAACAAUAACGAUGGGUACAAUAGACCUCUACCACCGAUACCAAGAGGGCGAAAAGGUGUAGUGCGUAACCUAAUUGUUUCAGAUCAAGAAAGUGGUUCGGACAUCAGUGAAAUCCAGAGAAUAAUGAACAAUAAUCAAAAGACUAAUAAUCGAGGUUUAUAUGGUAAGUGAUUCAAGUAUUUGGGCUAGUAGAUUUUUGGGUUCUUUUUAAGAAAAAUGUGUUUCUUUCUUGCCAGGUGGUGUCAUUUCUUGAAGUGCUAAUUUUCUAUCCAAAACUAUGCUGUAUGUUUUUCAAAAAAUCGACAGAAGAAUGGGAAUACAACGUGUUAAUUUUUCUAAAAGAAGAAAAAACAUACGAUAAUUUAAGGCCAUAUUUUUUUUUAUUUUGUAGCAAAUAAUUUUGCUAAACGUGUUUAGUUUUUGUUAUAUUAAAAUACAAAAUUAAAAAUAAAACAAAAUGUGAAUCAAAACAAUCAAAUAAGUAGUGAAUCAAAAAGCAAAACGUAAGUCAAUUAAAAUAAUUACAAAAUAUAUGCAUGUAAAAAUAUAAUAUUUUCUCUGGUUUAAAAACUAUAUUUUUAUUUUAUAUAUUGACGAUUUUUUAUUGAUUCUUUUUCGUUAUUGUAAAUUUUACCUAAGCGUUGGUAUUAAGUAAUUUAGCUGCUCUAACUGUUCUUAACUAAAAAUCCUUAAAAUUAUUUGUAUGUUUUUUAAAGAAACUUUGUUUUACUUGCUUUGGGUACCUUCAUACAUGUUUAGAUAAGAUAUUAUUAAUUGUUUAUCUCAAAAAUAUCGAUAACGUUAAUACCUAGAUGACUUAAAACACUGAAAUACAAUCCAGCCUUCAUGAAAUACACUUUUACCUCUCUACUAGCUCAAAAUCUUGAAUUGAUGCUGCUGUUCAAACUUUUAACAGUUAUUUUUUUGUGUUUGUCAAAUCCAGUAUUAUAAAGUAUGCUUUUAUAUGUUGUGCUUGUGUAUAAAUAGGGUUUAUAACUAAUCAUGAAAUAUUUAUGAAACGAAUUGUCAUAUAUUUUUAUAAAUAUCCAUAUUAAAAAGUAUAGUAAUAUUUUAUUACCAUUAAAUUUUUUGAGAAAGUGAUUUUUGUAAAUAUUGAAAAAAACUAUUUUGUACUGUAAUUUAUGAUAAUAAAUUAUAAUAAUAUAUUGUUUUACCAUAAUAA